GCCGGCCAAUCAGCGCCUUCCGCCGCAUGGAACGUUCACCCGGAACUGAAACAGCGCGCGCGCUGGUUUGCAAAAAGGAAAAGUCAGCUGGGCUGUUGCAGGAGGGAGGAGAUCUUGCAUAUGGAAGAAGAUGAGCACGAGCUGUAUGGCAUUGAAGAUGAAUUUGAGGAGCAGUUUGCGGACGAGCUGGAGGCGCUGGCUGAGCUGCAAGAAGAAGCACAUCCGGCACCCUCCCAUAAAGUGUCCGAGUUCCGAAGCAGAAAGCGUACGUUUGAAGAGGCCCUCGCUGCUGGGGAUUUGGUUAAGGGCUCCAGUCCUGUAGCUAGCCAGCCAUGCAUGGGAAAGGCUUCUCAAGGCCAGGUCCUCUCUGAGGAGCCCGUCAACCAUCUUGGUCUGAAGUCUGGGAAGCGAGAAUGCCUUGCAGCGGAGCCAGAAAUCUCUCCAAGUCAGCUUCUCCAGGAGACUUCUGCUACUCAUACUCCAAAGCCAAAGCGCCAACGGAGAUUCGAAGUCGUGAAGAAGCUGGAUUUUGGGACAGAGGAAGAGCGAGCCAUUAAAGAGCCACUUCAGAAUGGAGCAUCUCUCCCUUGUCCUCCAGGUGCCAGUUCUGAACUGCAGGAUGAAAGGACUCACCUCGAAGCACUUGGGAUCCCAGAUGGCACGGGGGUGAGCGGCAUGUUCCCACUGCAUGUUACACCACCAGAAGAAAAAUACAGCAGGAAGGUCCUCAAGCGACCGCCCAUCCUGGGGGACUAUAUCAACGUGACCUCCACUGACGGCACCCGAGUCUUCAUGGUUGUGAAGGAUGAUGGGAUGGGAACGCAGCUCUCCAGCUCGGUUGGGUGGAACAGAGAGAGACCGCUUCAGCUAUUGGGUGUCCCAUUCUCCUACGUAAAGGAACAAGUUACUGAAGAGCGCCGGAGACAGAUCCGUGAGUCUUCACAGAAGCUGACGGAGGUUCUGAACAGGUGUCUUGGGGAUGAGGAAACUCAGAUCGAAGCCUCGGCCCCCAGUGAGGAAGAAGGGAAGUCUGGCGCAGCGGAAGAGGACGGGGAGGAGGCUCAGGGGUCCCUAUGGGUUGAUCGGUUCGCUCCCAGGCAUUACGUGGAAUUGCUCAGUGAUGAUUACACAAACCGCUGCCUUUUGAAGUGGCUCAAGCUUUGGGACACGGUUGUGUUUGGGAAGGAGAAGCCCACCAAGAAGCCCAAGACAAGCGCCGAGGCUCACCAGACAUCCAGACACCCCAAAGAGCAGCAGAGCAAAUGGAAGAGCAAAGCCCAGUUGACAGAGGAGGCCCUGGAGGCCGAGCUGGACCAUCACAACCGACCAAAAUACAAAGUUGCCCUCCUGUGCGGACCACCCGGCCUGGGGAAGACCACUUUGGCUCACGUCAUUGUGAAACAUGCUGGGUACAAUGCAGUGGAGAUGAAUGCCAGCGAUGACCGUAGCCCCGAUGUCUUCAAAACGCGGAUUGAAGCAGCCACCCAGAUGAAGUCUGUGCUAGGAGCCAACGAGAAGCCCAACUGCCUGAUUAUUGAUGAAAUUGACGGGGCUCCUAUGGCAUCCAUCAAUGUGCUGUUGGGCAUCAUCAACCGUAAAGCAGCAGAGGUGGAAUCGGGCGGGAGUACCAGCGGGGCAAGCGGCAAGAAGAGGCGAAAAGAAGGGGGGCUCCUUCUGCGGCCAAUCAUCUGCAUCUGCAAUGACCAGUACGUCCCUUCUCUGCGUCUGCUGAGACAACAAGCCUUCCUUCUCAACUUCCCCUCAACGGCCCCAUCCAGGCUGGUCCAGAGGCUGCACGAAAUCACCGUUAAGCAAGGCAUGAAGGCUGACACAGGGGCCCUCUUGGCAUUGUGUGAAAAGGCAGAGAAUGACAUUCGCUCUUGUAUUAACACCCUGCAGUUCCUGCACAGUCGAGGUAAGAAGGAACUGAACGCGAGGACCGUGCAGACCACGCAGGUUGGCUCUAAAGACCAGAACAAAGGGCUGUUCUCCAUCUGGCAGGAGAUCUUCCAGCUUCCAAAAGUGCAGAGGCAGAGAAUCGGUUUGGACCCUUCAAUUCCAGCUCACCUCUUCAACGGGGGCGAUGACAACCUGUUCCAUGUGACCUCAGCUAGAGCUUCCCUUAAUCCAAAUGCCCAAAGGUUUCACCACAUCCUGCAUCUAAGCAUGUCCUCAGGAGAACAUGAAAAGCUUACCCAGGGCUUGUACGACAACUUUCUGAACAUGAAGAUAAAGGACUCUGCCUUUGACUCGCUCUGCCUGGCCUUGGAGUGGCUGGGCUUCUCCGACCUGGUGAACAAGGCAGUCCUGCACAGGCAGAACUUCCAGCUCAUGCGCUACUUGCCCUUCCUCCCCGUCGCUUUCCACUUGCUCUUUGCCGCUUCCAGCGUUCCCCGCCUGGCCUACCCCAACAGCCAGCACGAGUCCCUGGUGAAGCUGACUCAGAUGCAGAACCUCAUUGCUUCCAUGAUGUCUGGGAUCACGCCAACCUCCCGCAGCCGUGCCGGACCGCAAUCUCUUGUCCUUGAGGCCCUUUGCCUCCUCUUGGAGAUUAUCUCACCAAAACUGAGACCGGUGAACACCCAGCUGUACAGUCAGAAAGAGAAGCAGCAGCUGGGGGAGCUAAUCAACACCAUGUUGGCGUAUAAUCUUACUUACCACCAGGAGCGAACCCCCGAAGGGCAGUAUGUCUUCACGCUUGACCCAAACAUGGAGGAAGUGUGUAGGUUCCCAGAUCUCCCGCUUCGGAAACCGCUGACUUACCAAGCCAAGCAACUUAUCGCAAGAGAAAUUGAGCUGGAGAAGAUGAGGCGGACGGAAGCCCUCCUUCAUGCACGGAACUCUGGCCAGGCGAUGGAGACAACUUUGCUCCCGAAAGAAGGCAGCCACAAAGCAAGCCAUGAGCCGACACUGCCCGAAUCCAGAGUGCGGAACCACAAACAGCGCCUCGACCAGAUUGUGAAGAGAGCCACAUUUGAGGAGAAGCCAGAAACAGAUUUCUUUGGCCGUGCGAUUGUCAAGAAAAAUGUGUCUCCGUCGGCAGCCAAUCAGGAACCUGAGAAAAACCGAAUAGAAAAACAAAUUGGGAAGGCUGUUGGGCAGAGCGAUGUUUGGUUCCGGUUCAACGAAGGUGUCUCCAAUGCAGUUCGGAGAAAUAUUUACAUUAAAGAUUUGUUCUAGUGAAUGAAACGUGGGCAGGCAGCACGUGAGUCAGCUGGCAUGUGGGUACCAUGUAAGGAUAUUUUGAUCAAAAAUGUUUAUGUAUGCUUUUGUAUUGAAGCCUGUUUUAUAUAUAAAAAGAAAGGAAUAAAUUUGAGACAUGCACAGUA